AUGGCCGGCAAUCCCGGUGAAAUUCGCAGUGCAGUUUUGGGGAGGCGAGCUUCCAACACUGAGAAUUGGAGCACGGUUGAAGUAUCUAGAAACGGCGGGAACUGGGCAAGAUCGACGUUGCGAAAUGACACGAAGCGCUCGGAGAUAGCCGAGGGUCAAACCAGCGACUACCAAAACCUAGAAACUCCGCGUCUUCAUGGGAGAGACAAGGAACUAGCAGAAAUGAUUUCUGAUAUAAAAGCGUUUAUCAAAAAGCUUGUGUUUUGGGAACAAAGCUUUAUCGAUGGCGAUACGAGGCAUUUUCCUGUUCUUUUAGAAAAGAUAUCCCAAAGUCCAUCAGAACCAUGUGACAGUAAAUAUCAUGUAGAAAUAGUCUCUGACUUGAAGGAUAACUUCAAAAAUCGUUUCAAGGAUUUCAACGAGAUUGCUAUAGCGGCGCAAUUGGUUGUUUCAACCCUUCAUGGAAAAUGCAACUUCUGUUACGCAGAAUUUCAGCGAAGACAUCGCUGCGACAGAAAUGGAAUGAUGAAUGAGAGACCAAUCAGAAGCAACACUUUCAGGCUGAUGACCAAAAUAGCGAAUAUGACGAAAAGGAAGAAGUUGGGAAAGUUCAAGUUAUUAGAGGAAGUGUGGCAAACAGAGAAAAAAAUCUGGAAACAUAAAUUGCAGGAAAUCUUCAUCGUAAAAAGCAUAUGCAAAAAAAUGUUUUUGGGCGCCAUUUCUGAAAUACUAGCUAACAGAGUGAACAUUCUAAACAAGCACAUCAUCGAAAUUUAUGAAGAUGUCAACUUUCCAAAAAUUCCCCGUAACCUUCCAGAAAUCCUUUUUAAGCAAAAACUCAAUAGAAGAUUUUAUGUUAAAGACUACUCAGCAAAUAACUUUCAAGGUAAUACUGAGAAAUUAUGA